CGCUCUUUGUCCAAUGUAAUUUCUAAAUGAAUUGUCGUAUACGUAAACAAAGUUUUCAAAUAAGUGAACGGGCGAGGCCACCACGGUGCAUUAUACAUGUACUGUUGCACCUUACAGCGCAAACUCCACACGCAAUGGAAUAACAAACUCCUCACUCAUUCAAGUACCUAGUGUGGUAUUUCUAAUGUAAGAAAACCUAUUUACAAAUUAACAUCCUUUUCCGCAAUUUGUUUUGCUGACCAUGACCAAUGCGCCGUGUUAAAAUAUCAAUGAGGUAUACCGACCUUUUGACAUACUUUACUAAUAAUUUUAUAAUGUGAGGUCUAACCAUUACACUAGUGCGUGAGUGAGUCAUAACAUAACCAAGUUGCAAUGUAAACGAAAUAAUGGAAUUGCAACUGAAUGAAACGGGUAAAUGGCAUCGCAGUGGAUUCCUGUCAACCCUUAAUAGAAGUUUCCGUCUACCGAAUGCGAAGUCUAGAAGCGUAAAUAGUUCGCCUGUUGCAAGCAAAUCCUCGUUAGAACAAACUUUUAAUAUGAAGACGGGUUUAAAUUCAUCAAAUGAAGCAUCAAGUGGUUUGCGGCCGCUGGAGAUAGUCGCGCCGCGUAUCGACACCUACCGAUUUUCGAUGGCAAACCUAGAAGAAACACAAGACGCUGAUCUGGACGCCAUUCUCGGGGAAUUGUGCGCCUUAGACUCGGAGUAUGAUGAAGAAAUAUCAAGAGUAUCUGCUAGUUUUGCUUCAGUUUCAAAAGAGAGAGUCGAAGAGAGCACCGAGAGCUGUCCUCAGAGAACCGACUGCAGCAAAGAGUGCGGUGACGGCGCCCCCCUGACUCGCACCGACUCACCUGACAAUGACUCCGCAUUUAGUGAUACUGUAUCCAUGCUAUCAAGUGAAUCAUCAGCAUCCAGUAGUGCUAGUGCUAAAUGUAAAGCGCUAAAAUUAAAUCUUCAUGAAAAUCAAAAGGAUGCUACCUUCCAGUUAAAAGCGGACAAAAUUAAGUUAGCACUAGAGAGAAUGCGUGAGGCCAACAUCAAAAAGUUAUUUAUCAAAGCAUUUUCUAUGGAUGGUUCUUCCAAAAGUCUUAUGGUCGAUGAGAAAAUGUCAUGUGGUUACGUUACAAGACUCCUGGCCGAUAAAAACCACGUUAGCAUGGAGCCGAAAUGGGCAAUUGUAGAACAUUUACCUGAUUUGUAUAUGGAACGUGUAUAUGAAGAUCAUGAAAUGUUAGUUGAUAACCUAAUGCUGUGGACUAGAGAAUCAAAGAAUAAAAUCUUAUUUUCUGAACGUCCAGAUAAAAUUAUGCUCUUUCAAACACCUGAAAAGUUUCUUUUAUCUGAAGAUGAUAGAGGUUGGUCAUCCGAACAUGAUGAACAUUCAAGACAAGUAAUAAUAGAAGAAUUCUUCGGUCAAAGCAGUGGUACUAUAAGUACUAUGCCAUCUGUGUCCGGACACUCCGUGCCUCCAAUGGAGGGUCCUCUCUAUCUAAAGAGCGACGCCAAAAAGGGAUGGAAGAAGUUCCACUUUGUGCUUCGACCUUCUGGUCUGUAUUACUCGCCAAAAGAUAAGGUGAAGACGUUGAAGGAGUUGGUCUGCCUGGCAACGUUCGACAACAAUGAAGUGUACAUAGGAUUAAAUUGGAAAAAGAAAUAUAAGUCACCGACUGACUAUUGCUUCGCAAUUAAACAUCCAAGACUGCAACAGCCAAAGAGUGUAAAAUUCAUUAAGUUCCUAUGCGCUGAUGAUCAACAAACCUUAGAAAGAUGGGUCACUGCCAUGAGGAUAGCUAAGCAUGGAAGACAAAUAUUGGAAAAUUACAGAGCUUUGGUAGAAGAGCUCACUCAAGAGGAUAUAGACCAUCUAGCACAUGCGCGUUCUUGUUCUAUAACAUCAAUACCUACAAAGACAAACGGCAAUGUAGCCGUGGGUAUUAACAGUCCCGCACAAUCAACUUCCAGUAACGCCAGUGUUGCCAACUCCGACAUCAGCAGUGGAAGACACUCUCGCGCCUCGUCAUCCAGUUCAAGCGGCUGUCUUUCCGAUGGCGGCACAGCCUCAGAAAGCGCGUUUGAUUGUGAAUUUCCAAUGGGUACUAUAAAACGCAAACCUUCGAUGAAGCCCAAUAUUCCUUUAACGUGGAUGACCCGGCAAUUAAAGGAGAUGGUCGAGAAAGGCGGAGAAGGUGAGGGCGAGGAUGAUGGGGGAGGUGAUGGUGGUACCCUCACACGAAGGCCAAGAAAGUCUCGGACUGAGGAUUCUACACUCAAAAGGCAUCACACACUUGAAUCUUCAGACAACGUCGUGUACAGCGCUGCAAAUACUAGUCACGUUGGUACGGCAAGCAGCCCUGUUCAACACAAACCUCCGUCGCCUUCUUUUGGACUCUACGAAAGUAUAGCUCGCGAUAAUGUCUACCGAAAUAUCGCAGACAAUAGUUCUUCUCUGUAUGGUUACACUACAAUUUAUGACAAAAUACAAAGGCCACAAGAAGUAAGUACCGUGGAAGAUCUUCCUUUGCCACCUCCACCUAGCGAAGAUAUACCAGACGGAAUGUUUAGUUCUACUUUAAGUUUGGAUUCUCUUCCUCCACCUCCUCCACCACUUGAACCCAUAGAAGAUAUAUCUGGAUCGCAACUAAGUCUCCCACCACCACCACCUGAGCAUGCUAUAGAAGCCGUGAACCAGCACAGUGGCCGUGUUCAUGACAUAGUAAGUCAAUUGUCUGCGCAACAAAUAGAACAAACAUCCCGAGCUUCCCAAUCUAGAACGAGUUCCCGAAACUCAGACCUGAGUCGAACCUUCCCACGCCAGCCUUCAUUGGACAGUGUUAAUUCUGAUACAUCUCGUACCUCAUCACUACACUCUGAUAAAAGUAUAUAUGGACAACAAAAUGUCGCAUAUGGGGCGUGUCUCGUAGAACUUCAGAAUAAAAAAAUAAGUAACGGAAGUCCAUCAGUUCAAAAGAAACUGACUUUAGAACCGGGUAAGGAGCGGACUAGUUCGAUAAAGAAAGUUAACUUUGCUGAUGAUCUACCUACUAGUUCCGAUGCCAAAAAGAACAAGAAAAUUUCCUUCAAUCUUAAGGAACCACUACCACCAUCUCCUCGAAAACCACCGCCGCCCAAAAGAAAUGAGAGUACAAGACUUUCAUCUCCUAAAAAAUUGGCGGAUUCCAAUAGCAAUCCACCUAAAGAAUUCUUGAAAGAUUUACAACGAGUAAUGAGGAAAAAAUGGCAAGUUGCGCAAAAGUGUAAGUUAGAACCAGCCACGACGCCUCAUGAAGUGUUGGGUUUCCGUGAAUAUCCGCUUUCGGAAGCUUAUAAGGAAACAAGUGUGUCCAUGUGGGUACAAGAACAUUAUGGCAGCGGUGUUGAGGAUCCAUUUUAUGAAAAUAUAUAUGGCCGAGAACCACAACCACGGCGAGAGGAACCUAAGCCCAUUAAAAAACGACCUCCACCUGCUCCACCGCGACGUAGCGAGUCCACACAUCUUUCUACACAUCCACACCCCUCCACGAUGCAACCUAUCGUGUGAAUAACUCACCACUAUUAGUAUGCAUUUUUAGAAUGUAGUAGAUAUUGCAAACAAUAUUUGGAAAUAGCUGUCAUACUGUAAAAUAUUGUUUCGAAUUACGAUAACAGUAGAGCCCAUUGAGGCUGAUGUUUGGCUAUAUUUAAUAAAUGUGUAGACGUUUGUAAUAGUAGAUAAGAUUUAAAAUGAAAAAGCCUUUAAUAUAAUAUCGUACGGUCUCUGGGUGUAAUAAAAAAGUUUAAUCGAAUAUACAAAAGUAAUCUUUAAUAAGCCCCCUUAAUUUAUAAUAAGGCUUGUUACUUUUAUACGACCGGAGGGUAAUAGUAAUUAUUUUUAACAUUUUGUACUAACGUGACCAAUUUCGAUAAUUAUGACCAUAACAAAGAAAAUUUAUUAUUAAUAAUUUAUUAUAAUUCGAAAGGCGGUGCUAUUUUGAAAAGGUAUACUAAGGAAUGUGGUUGGUUUUUGUCUGUCUACUUGUACUCUGUACCUUGUGACAUUUGUUCGUUGUAGUGUAGGUUAGAUUACAAGUAUGGAAAUAAUAUUAUUAUGCUGAAUGGUGCGAACCUCAUAUAGUCUUGCUUAUAUAUGCUUGCUUUUAGGCGGCAUUAAAUCGUAUUUACUUCUAUGUUUUGAAUAUCAGAUAAUCAAAACAUAAAAUAUACAUUUCAAUUUCUAUGUAUCGGCGGUAUAAAUCGCAAAUUACAAAACACGGAUAAGAACACUGUCA